AUGGAGUGAGUUUUGAAAAUGCAAUGGAUGAAUGGAGCAUCCCAUCUGGCAACAAGUGGUCCCAUUUUAGUUUUCUCGGUCGGCGCUGGCUCGCUCAUCCAUUGUUUUAUGUCAUAGCAACCCUAGAUCCCUAAAUUUUACAAUUCAAUCUGAAUCUAGAUUCCUAAUUAUUCUCUUUCAAUUCAAUCCUAUAUGUAUCUAUUCCUUCCUCCAGUUCUGCCAAUGAAACCUAUUGUAUAAUCCUUAUUCUACAUCUCCCGAAAUGCAAUUAGCUUCUAACUCUGAAUCCCAACCCAUCUUGAAUCACUCCUGUGAAAUUAUUCCUGACAAUGACGAGGAGGAGGAGGAGGAUAUAGAGAAUGUUCGCCUUCACCACUCUUCUCAUCUUCUUGUUACAGAUCAGCCACAAUGCCGAAUAUGCCUUGAUUUUGAAGGAGAAGACUUAAUUGCCCCCUGCCAUUGCAAAGGUACACAAAAAUAUGUCCAUAGAUCAUGUUUGGAUAACUGGAGGUCUACCAAGGAGGGCUUUGCUUUUUCUCACUGUACAGAGUGCAGAGCUGUCUUCCUAUUACGACCCAAUGUCCCAAAAGAUCGCUGGUGGUUGAGGUUGAAGUUUCAGUUCCUUGUUGCCAGAGAUCAUGCAUUCAUUUUCAUCAUUGUUCAACUGGUUGUUGCUUUCUUGGGGGUGCUUAUUUACAAAUUCUAUGGGGAUGAACUUAGAGAAAUGUUUGGUUAUGAAGAACAUCCCUAUGGAUUUUAUACAAUGGCUGUUCUCGCCAUUAUUUUGGUGGGUUUGCUCUAUGGCUUCUUUAUUGCAAUAAUAUGUGGCCAAAGAAUCAAUGAACGCCACUACCAUGUUCUUGCCAAACAAGAGUUGACAAAGGAAUAUGUGGUAGAAGAUCGAGAACAUGUAAAGAAUGUGCCCGAACUCGACCCCAGCCAUGUGACAGAACUAAGGAUGCUGGGCCUUUACUAGCCGGUAUAUGUAUAUCCCAUUCUUUCCCGUUUAAAUUUCCUGUCUUCUUCCACUUUUAGAUGUUAAAUUAGAAACAGUAUAAAGAGAAAGGGAGACCAAUCAAAAGUUUAGGCAAAACUGUUAAAAGGUAUUUAGAAUGAAGUGGUCUCUUACAAAAUAUUAUCAUUUCGUUUGAUCCAUGUAGCUUAAUCCACCAACUGGACUAUCUUUUUUAUUCUCUACCACUUUGUAUCUUGAAUUCUAUUGGUAGUGAUAUGAUACUGUUUCAUUUCAAAAAAAAAAAAAGAAAUCCAAAAUCACAAACUUUUUUAA